GGCAAGCUUUUUCAUCAGAGAGAGGUUGUCCGAAAAUGGCUUAAUGCAUCUCUGAAAAAAAUAUUGCCGAAAGAUCUCUCUGAAAUUUUUCUUAUAAAUUCAACUGAAAUUCUUUUGGAGAUUCAGAGGAAGGCGAGGCCCAGAAGAAGUGAUUCCAUUGGAGAUUUCUCUUCUCUUCUUUCUCUCUUUCUCCUCUUUCAAAUCAUUUUUCUAAUAAAUCUUUGACUUUUUUUUAAAAGGAGGGAAAAGGGAGAAAGAAGAGUUUAGCUUUUUUGUUUUAAUCCUUUGAAGCUUCUUCUUCAUCAUCAUCUGCGUUUCACGUUUUGCUUGAGGGUCAGGAAAUGGCGGGAGGAGCGUUUGCGACCAAUGGAGGAGGCGACCAUGAAGGAAGAGUCACGGCCUUUGUCAUCAUUACUUGCGUGGUGGCCGCCAUGGGUGGCCUCCUCUUCGGUUAUGACAUCGGUAUCUCAGGAGGAGUGACAUCAAUGCAGGAGUUUCUGACAAAGUUCUUUCCAGAUGUUCUUCUCCUUCAGCACAGGAAAUCAAAGGGGGAGACUCAGUACUGCAAAUAUGAUAACGAGCUUCUUACUCUCUUCACGUCUUCCCUCUACUUGUCUGCCCUUUUCGCCUCCUUCUUGGCCGCCACCAUCACCAGGACCUUUGGCCGCAAACUCUCCAUGUUCAUUGGUGGCCUCUCUUUCCUCUCAGGUGCCCUUCUCAAUGCUUUCGCCAUUAACAUCGAAAUGCUUAUCAUCGGCCGCCUCAUGCUCGGUUUCGGCGUUGGAUUCGCUAACCAGUCUGUUCCUAUCUACCUGUCUGAAAUGGCACCACCUCAGAUGAGAGGAGCUCUGAACAUAGGGUUUCAGAUGGCCAUCACCAUCGGUAUCUUGGUCGCGAACCUUGUCAACUACGCAACCCUCAAGCUCGAACACAUUUCCGGGUGGAGAGUCUCUCUCGGUUUGGCCGGUGUUCCUGCUGUCAUGAUGCUGGUCGGAUCCGUUUUCUUGCCCGACACUCCAAACUCCAUCCUCGAACGUGGGAACCUGGAAGAAGCCAUGGCGAUGUUACGUAAGAUAAGAGGCAUCGAGAACGUGGAGCACGAGUUCAACGAACUCCAAGCCGCGAGCAUGGCCGCCAAGAAAGUCGAGCAUCCAUGGAGGAACAUCAUGAAGCCGCGAUACAGGCCGCAACUCACCUUCUGUUCGAUGAUUCCGUUUUUCCAGCAGCUGACAGGGAUCAAUGUGAUAAUGUUCUACGCUCCUGUCUUGUUCAAGACAUUAGGGUUUGGGAACGACGCAUCCCUCUGGUCUGCCGUUAUCACUGGAAUGGUUAACGUACUUUCCACUGUCGUAUCCAUUUUCACAGUCGACAAGUUCGGACGCAGGGCUCUGUUCCUCCAAGGUGGUCUCCAGAUGAUCUUGAUGCAGAUAGGCGUCGGAUCCAUGAUCGGGUGGAAGUUCGGGCUGAGAGGAGAAGGAACGUUGACAAGGGUGGACGCCAACGUAAUCGUAGCCAUGAUAUGCGUCUACGUUGCGGGUUUUGCAUGGUCAUGGGGACCGUUGGGAUGGCUAGUGCCGAGCGAGAUCUGCCCGUUGGAGAUCAGGUCUGCCGGUCAGUCCAUUAACGUGUCGGUCAACAUGUUCUUCACCUUCCUCAUCGGGCAGUUCUUCCUCUCCAUGCUCUGCCACAUGAAGUUCGGUCUCUUCUACUUCUUCGCCGGAAUGGUCUUGAUCAUGACGGCCUUUAUAUACCUUCUGUUGCCGGAGACAAAGGGUGUUCCGAUCGAGGAGAUGGGCAGAAUCUGGAGAUCUCACGGCUUCUGGGCUAAGUAUAUGCAUGAUGAUGAUGAUGAUGAUGAUGAUGAUGUUAUUGCAAACAAUAUGGAUGAUGAUUUGGAUUCGAGGGCUUGAAGGGUAUCUUCGAUUUUAAGGGUUUCUUUUUCAUGAUUUGAUUUACCAUGAUCAUAAUUUCGUUUUGUUCUUUUUUGAGAAAACGUCUGUGCUUGUGUGUGUGUGUAUAUAUAUAUAUAUAUAUCCAAUGAAAUAGGUAUACACGCUCGUGAACCUCUCC